AUGAGCUACAAUUAUAAAAAUAGGCAUCUUAGACGGGAAAUUGGGCGUUCUGAGUGGCAUCUGAAGCACUGCCAAGGUAAUUUUAAGGUGGUGUUGAAGUAUGGAGAAAAGGCGGUCAGCAGACCUCUAAUCGGAAGGGCCAUGGGUAAUGGAGGCAAUAUCAUCAGUACCUUCCUAACAAAUAUAUUACGCAAUAAAGGUAAGAUCGGCGAAUACAUUGAAGAGACUCGUAAUAUACCUAUAGGUAUGUCGUGGCAGAAGAACGAUGCAACAAUAAGCAUAGAUACCUGUGCUGCGAAAAACGAAAAAUGCAACAUCGAAGCAGCAAGCGAACAGAUAAAACAGGCAGCGGCAUGGAUGGAUAGAACAAUAGAUAAAUAUCCUUAUGGCAGAUUUUAUGAAAUGAAUUUCUCAAAUAACGGAAUGUGGACCUUAUGCUUGAAGCUAGUGAGGAAUGAUAUGUUCGAUAAAGGGUCUGAGACGCACACGCCGGUUCAAAACUUGGAAGCUAAUGAAGCGCAUUACGAUGGUGAGAGGCCUGACAUAUCACCAUAUGAUAAAUUGUAG